AUGUCCCCAAACGCCCCGGCCGUCGACAUUGGUGCUGCUCCUUCCCUCGACACUCCCGAGGGAGAUACCAAACAGCCAGCCGAGGACCAUGUCGAAAAGGAUUCCAAUCUCGUGGACUGGGAUGGGCCUGAUGACCCGGAACACCCCCAGAACCUGACCCGGCUACGGAAAUGGGGCAUCACCUUCUCGUUAGCCUCGAUGACCAUGUGGAUCACAUUCUCCUCCAGUGUCCUCUCUGUCGCGACGCACCCGAUAUCGGAGGAGUACAAUGUGUCAACAAAAGUCAUGCCGCUGGCAACUACCCUGGUAAUUUUUGGGUUCGCCCUGGGACCGCUGUGCUGGGCCCCGUUGAGUGAAUUGUAUGGCCGUCGCCUGCCGACAUUUCUGGGAUAUGGGGUGUUUGCCAUCUUCCAGGUCCCCGUGGCGGUGGCCCCAAACCUCCAGACCAUCAUGGUCUGCCGGUUUUUCGUGGGCGUCUUUGGCAGUUCAGCGCUAUCAGUGGGCCCAGGUGUCAUGGCCGACAUCUGGGAUCCGGUGGAUCGUGGUAUUGCCACCCCUUUCUUCUUCGCAGCCAACCUGCUCGGCCCGAUCCUCGGGCCCAUUAUAGGCGGAUUUAUCACGGAAUCCCAGCUUGGUUGGCGAUGGACUGCGUGGCUGACUCUCAUCACCUCAAUCUUCUUCGGAGUCCUCGCCCUCCUUAUCGUGCCCGAAACUUACAGUCCCGUUCUGCUCCAGCAGCGCGCCAGCCGGCUCCGCCGUGCAACGCAGAACCAGUCUCUCUACUCGUUCCUCGACCAGCAUCGUCCGACCCUCGCCGAGUUUGGAUAUAAGUACCUUGCCCGUCCGUUCAUGAUGUUCCUACUCGAACCGAUCCUGAUCUGUUUCACCGUCUAUCUGUCGCUGAUCUAUGGGAUUCUCUAUCUCUUCCUCGAAGCUUACCCCGUCGCUUUCGCCGAAGAACGACACUGGACUAAUAAAGGCAUUGCCGGGCUCCCGUUUCUUGGUAUCCUGGUCGGCAUGGUCCUAGGCAUCGGCAUCAUCAUCUACAACACCAGGACGCGAUUCGCGCGACAUCUCGCAGAGCAGGGACAGGUAGCCCCGGAGGAGCGUCUAGUCGAGAUGAUGCUCACCUCGAUCACCAUGCCAAUCGGUCUCUUUUGGUUUGGCUGGGCAGCUCACACCCACUGGAUGGUGCAGACAAUUGCCGGGGUGCCCCUCGGCAUCGGUCUGUUCGUCCUCUUCAUGCAGGGCAUGAACUACCUGAUUGACGUCUAUCUGACUCUUUCCAACUCGGCCAUCGCGGCUAAUACUCUGGCCCGUUCGUUUCUGGGCGGAUCGUUCCCGCUCUUCGCCACGGCCAUGUAUCAUAACCUCGGGGUUGAUUGGGCAUCGACCAUACUGGGAUUCAUAUCGGUUGCCAUGGUUCCUAUCCCCUUUGCAUUUUAUAUAUUCGGUGCAAGGAUUCGGGCUAUGUCUAGGUAUACGGUCAAGGCUGGAAAUGGUAUAGGGCCCCCGAUACCCUAA